AUAUAAGAGGCUUGUUGUCGGACUGGUUUCGAGAGAUCAGUGACAGUGACCACAAUAUUGGAAGCUGAAAUGGAGGCCGUUCUCAGCUAGUUGUUUUUAUUUGACACCUUUAAAGCGGUGGAAUCGAGCACGACUUAAAGAAAAUAUUACAAAACAAUCGAAUGACGAACAAUUUGCCAAAAUCAUCGGCAAUAAAUGCAAAUCCCCAAAAUGAAACCAAGUGAUAUGUCAGCCAGGUCUUGUUUUGAAUAUAUUAGCAAUUUUCAACACAAACCUUGAAAAGUAAAUCAAGGAAUCCACAGAAUUAUACAGAAACCUACAUAAUGUAUUUCGUUCGAGGUUAAGAAAGGCGCUCAAUUUAUUACGCUACUCCCGCGAUGUCAAAAUUGCUUUUUUGCCUUAUUGUGGCAAAACUAGAUUACGAGGAAGUGUUUUGAAUCCAUCCAUAUUUGUUGAACAAAUUUGUAAUAUGUUCCGCUUUCGGAGGAGCAUGCUCUACCAUGGAACCUAAGGUGCAGCGAAUUUUAGCAGAUAACCCGGACAUUUUCAACUUAUUUACAAGCGAAAAUUUCCAUUUAACAUUACUUUUUCGUCUGUUAAGAGAUCUCAUAAAUGCUAGACAAAAAUAAGAAUAAAUACAAAUAAAAAAUUAAACAGAUUAUCCACGAGCUAUAUUUUUGCAAUAUUCAUUACCUGUUUAAGAGGCGUCGUGGGCAGGCAGUGGCCCAAAUUAUGGAGCUGCUAAGAUUUGAGAGCCAUUGUGAAAUUUUCUAUUUCGGCUUUUUUCAGCGGCACAGACACUAUUUCUUAAAAAUCCCAUACGCUGUGUUCUAAAACUAGAUUACCAUUUCACUCAGCUGCAGAUUUUAUUUCAUCAAUGGAAAUUGCGAACGGUCCCUUAUCGUCGAAAGCACAAGAUAUGAAUAAUUUAGUCAGUAAACAUGACAAUAUUUCCUCCCCUUCCCUCCCCUCCCUUCUGAUUGUCGAUGUCGGUGUCAAGUUUCCUUGGAGUUGCUAGUCAGAACAUUUUCGUCUGAGGUGAAACGGAAACUGGCGGUGUAGCUCUUUUUUGACCUUGACGAUGUCCUCGGAUAACAAAAGACCGCCUCUGGUCAAGACAGAGAAGCGCAGUUUUGACGAUGCACAGAGUCGCUUAAAAUGCAGGAAGCUUCUUGGAAUCGGAGGGAAGGAACCGAGUAAGGUUCUUCAAGUCCUUGGCAGCCAUGAGUCAUACUUCAUAAGUAUACCGAGAGGAUACGAAACAUGGCAAGUGGUGGUACCAGUCUUCCUCUCUGUAGUAUCAAUUAUGUUGAUGAUAUUUCCAAGCUAUUGUUUACGUGCUCUGGGCGAUAGUAAAGAAUCUACUAGUUUCGCCGGUGCUCUAAGUUGUCGACUGCUGGCAAGUGCUUUGAUAGGGAUCGCUGGUAUAUCAUGGGGAACAAAGCCUAUAACUAUAUCUUCCAUAAAGCGUAUUUUAUUACUCCACUCUACGUACUGCGGGGCAGCAACGUUGUUUUUGGCCGUGGCAUGCAUCUCUCUCCGCACCAGAUUCCUCAUCGCGUUGACCGCUAUCCACGCCAUCGUUGCUGCGGUCAGUUUAUUCUACUUUGUAGCCGUGCGCAAGUUAAACAAACCCACUCCAGAGAAGCCCAAUGCUAAGAACGGCUUCGAUGAGAAUCACAUCAACUGAUGUUUGUCUGCAUUGACGUGGAGUUUACAACCCUUCUGUGGAAGGUAGCAUGCUGUCUACAUUGCGCUGGUUGUCUCUUAAAGAGCCAUCCCAUACCGGCAGAACAGUGCCUUCUUUUGACGAAGCCACGCGUUUUAUUGAUGAAAUAAUCUCUCGUGCCAGAUGGGUAAACUUAAGACAAACGGUAAUGUUCCCUAAUAAAGACAAGAGUCGUUGAAGGCUUGUUAUA